AACAAAGAAAAUUCAAAUAUUGACUAUGAAUAGAUCAAACGUUUCUAAAUUUCUGAAUCAUUCUAAAUUCAGAGUAGUGUCAUCCUAGUCCUAGCAAAGAAGAAGAAAAGUAAUUCAUGGGUUUCAACCUCCAGAAAAGAUUGCGAUAUUAUGUGCUUCAACUCCUUUUCCUCAUAUUUUAUUGUUUCCUUACAUUUUCUUCAGCUAUCGACCUCAUAAAGGCUAAUGAAUCUCUUAGAAACUCUGACGCUUUGAUUUCCAAAGGAAAUACAUUCAAACUGAGUUUUUUCAGCCCACCAAAUAGCAGCCGACGUUAUGUUGGUAUCAUGUACAAUCUCCCGGUGAUGAGUGUUGUAUGGGUAGCUAAUAGAGAUAAGCCUCUGAAUGAUUCAUCUGGAACAUUUCAGAUAUCAUCAGAUGGCAAUCUUGUGAUCUUGGAUGGUCGAAAGGAGAUUGUGUGGUCCACUAAUCUUUCAUCUUCUGUUGCAAAUUAUAGUGCUGUGCUCUUGGAUACAGGGAAUCUGGUUCUGCAAGAUGACUCCAACAAUGAGUAUGUUUGGGAGAGCUUCCAACAUGCUUCCGAUUCUUUUCUACCAAAGAUGCGCCUUUUUGUAGAUGCGAAUAGGAAGGAGAAAAAUAUACUGACAUCGUGGACAAGUCCUGAUGAUCCGGCACCUGGAAGAUUCACCAUGAUCAUUGAGCCCGACAUCCCACAGUCGUAUGUUUUGGAGGAUGGCACUAAGCCUUGCUUUCGAAGUGGUCCAUGGAAUGGUCAGAGAUUCAUUGGGCUGCCUGGAAUGAGAUCUUUGUAUAAUGAUGGAACUAAUGUUGGCAGUGAUUCCCCAGGAACUGCAUUUUAUGUCUUUACCGUUCCAAAUUCGUCUGUUUUGUUAUAUUUUGUCUUGAGCUCUUCAGGGAUUAUAGAGGAGAGGGAGUGGUCUGAUGAGAAGAAAGGCUGGGAUGUAACAUGGAGAACUGAUAACGAGUGUGACAUCUAUGGCAAGUGUGGAUCUUUUGGAAGUUGUGAUGCUCGGGAGAGUCCAAUUUGUACCUGUUUUCGAGGCUUUGUGCCAACAAGGGAAGAUGAGUGGGAGGCAGGAAACUGGACUAGUGGAUGCACAAGAAAAUCUCCCCUGAAAUGUGAACAGAACAAUUCUUUGGGUAAAGAGGAUGAGUUUCUGAAGAUGGGGGGAGUGAAGUUGCCCGAUCAUUAUGUAUUGUUCCCUGUUGAUGGCGACUGCAGAGGCGCGUGCUUGAGUAAUUGUUCUUGUAUAGCUUAUGCGGAUGCUUCUGGAAUUGGUUGUAUGCACUGGACUCAUAACUUAACUGAUAAUCAGAAGUUUGCUUCCGGUGGUGAAGACUUGUACGUUCGAUUGGCAUAUUCAGAACUACAUGAGAAGCAAGACAGAAGAGCAAUUAUCGCGACGACAGUGGUUCUGGGGUUUAUACUUAUUGCUGUAUGCACAUACUUUUUGCCAAAGAUUUUGUCCAAAUACAGAGCAAGGAAGCAUGAGAAUAAAUUGAUAUCCCCCCAAACAAAGGAAAAUGGUAAGCAUGGAGUUGAACUUGAGGAACUGCCUAUAGUUAGAUUUGAGAUGCUCUCAGAUGCGACAGGAAAAUUUGAUCCGGCCAAUAUGCUUGGAGAGGGUGGCUUUGGUCCUGUCUUCAAAGGGCAACUGCCAAAUGGGCAAGAAAUUGCUGUAAAACGGCUAGCAAGAUCCUCUAACCAAGGGGUGGAAGAGUUCACGAAUGAGGUUGUGGUGAUUUCCCAGCUUCAGCACCGCAAUCUUGUCAGACUAAUUGGCUGCUGUGUUGAGAAUGAAGAAAAGAUGCUAGUUUAUGAAUAUAUGCCUAAUGGAAGCUUGGAUGCCUGUCUCUUUGGUUCACAUAAACGAGAGUUUCUCAACUGGCAAACUCGCAAAUUAAUUAUCGAGGGGAUUUGUCGAGGCCUGCUUUACCUGCAUAGAGAUUCAAGGUUGAAGAUUAUCCACAGAGAUCUCAAGGCUAGUAACAUCUUGUUGGAUGAGGAGUUGAACCCUAAAAUCUCCGACUUCGGUAUGGCAAGAAUUUUUGGUGGCAAGGAUGAUCAAGCCAAUACAUCAAGGGUUGUUGGGACAUUUGGCUAUAUGUCCCCGGAAUAUGCACAUCGUGGAAUAUUCUCUGAAAAAUCUGAUGUCUAUAGCUUUGGCGUCCUAUUAAUAGAAAUUGUGAGUGGAAAGAAGAAUUCCAGUUUUUAUGAUGAAGAUCAACAACUCUUCCUUACAGCUUAUGCUUGGAAGUUGUGGAAUGAAGGAAGGAUAGUAAAGUUGAUAGAUCCUGCAAUAUAUGAUAGUGGAAUGGAAGAUGAUGUAGUGAGAUAUGCAAAUGUAGGUCUGCUAUGUGUACAAGAAAUGGCAGCAGAUAGGCCUAACGUGUCUACAGUGCUGUCGAUGCUUAGCUGUGAGAUCGUAGAGCUUCCUCACCCAAAGCAGCCAGCAUUUCUCGGGAUGCAGAGCUUUCAAUCCACAGAGUCCUCUACCAAGAGUUCAACUAAAUGUUCUGUCAACGAUGUCACUAUUUCUAUAUUAGGAGGAAGGUAGCCUUGAGUGAGACCUCUUUUCCAGAUAUCAUCAGAUGGCAACCUUGUGAUCUUGGAUGGUCGAAAGGAGAUUGUGUGGUCGACUAAUCUUUUAACUUCAGUUGUGAAUACACGUGCUGUGCUCUUGGACACAGGGAAUCUGGUCCUGCGAGAUGACUCCAAU